UGUUUGGCCACACCUGCUGUUAUUAGCUCAGGAACCGAAAUAGAAUAUUGUAAUAUACAACAUUAUUUUGUUGUACUUUACUCGGUACAAAUCGGUCGAAAUAGCUCGCGUGCUGGAACCUGUUCGCAACAUCCAAUCUACUGCAUUAUGACAAGCAAAGCAAAUCGGCUCCCGUUUUCUGUGGCAUUUAUUUGGAUUUUAUUUGCAUUCGGAAAAGGCAAGUAAAUAAUCUUAUUAGAAUUAUCAGUUUUGUUUGCUAACUGGAUUUCAUGUUACACGAUGCAUUGUAUAGAGUCACUCCAAUAAAGCAAAUAUUUGAGGAUGUCGAAGACAAAUCUGAUAGAUAAGAGAAAUAUUUUUACAUCGCUAAACGUGUCAACGAAAGCGUGGAGUGUUUAGUUGAUCUUGAUUUCAUAUCGUCUCACGGAUUUUUUGAUGAGUCGAGUCUUUUUCGUUCAAGGUCUUAAGGAAGCUUCAUGAUCAAUCUUCUAAACCACCAUGCGCCAAUGCAUUCUAUGAGUGGUGUUACAUAAUUUUUCGAAGCACUACAAUGCCGUGUCUUCAGAAUAAUUAUCGGGAUGUGGCAUUAUUACCUGACUUCGACGACAUAUUUUGUCGCGUGGUCUGGCACGAUAAAGAUGGAGUCCCUGUUUGUCGCUCUCUGAUUGUUCUCAGGGCCUCGCUAGCGUCGUUGGCGUUGAAGGUAAAAUUUCUGCUCUAAAGGUAACGCACUUGGCGACUUGAGUAGCCCCUAACGAAUAUCACUUUUUAGUUCUUCAAUUGGAGUUAUUCUAUUAUCAUUGAUGCAUUAAAAAAAUAUUCAUUGGCCCUUUUUCGAACCUAUAUUUUUUAUUCACUUUUAUGAAGACUGUAGCCCAAGACGAGGCGUUAAAUACCAUGCGUCGAGGACCGUCGAGGAAUUAGAAAAUUCUUUUUAAGAUGCAUCAGUGAGCUUUAAUCUCCUUCUUCUUAUGUUUAUGUAAAGACGGGAGGAGUCUCACCUUCCAGUGGCGGGCCAUAACAGGGCCUAUUGCCUAACUGGAAGCCCGUCAUUACAAACCCGGGAAACCGCUAAGACGUUUCGGCGGAUGUAUCAUAGUUAAGAGUGGAAUGGAAAGCCGGCAGCCCUUCAGACUUCUUUGUUAUAUGUUUUUGUGGGCCUGGUGGUGCACAACGUUUAAAAUAGCAUUCCUAUCAUUUUGAUCAUAUUGACCAAUAUAUAUAAUUACGGAAGUAUAUACAGUAACAAGUCGCUUUUUUCUUCAGACGUCAUCGGGGCCACACCUGGAUACACUGACGACUGAAACGUGAUGUUCUUUUUACAGGUUCACUGUUAAGUACGUUCAACACGCAAGAGGGAUGCAAUGCAACACUACUUUGUAAUCAAUCCGGCAAUGUCACCUGGUUAAAUUCUACCGGACAAAAGAUUGAAGGUAAACACAAAACCAAGCAAAAUAUAUAGCUCUCCUCCAGCGAGGAAAAGAACCACGGUACAGUCAAACAUCGUUGUUACGGAGGGCAUUGAGUGUUCGUAUUAACGGGGGUUAAAUUUAAAGAAAGUAAGAAAUUGACAUUUAAACUGCAGAGGACCGUAAACGAAUACAGUCAACUCUCUCUAAGACGGACACCUUUGGGACCGGCACUAAGUGUCCGUCUUAGAGAGGUGUCCGUCUUAUACAGAGUCAAAUAAAGGGAGUAAAGAAAGACAGGGACCAACUCUAGGUGUCCGUUUUACAGAGGUGUCCGUCUUAUAGAGGUGUCCGUUAAGAGAGAGUCGACUGUAUGCCGCAAAACGUAGGAUCUAUAAAAGACCUGACCAGCAAAAAUACACACUGAGUAGACACACUGAAUUCUGCAAAGCUGAUCUUACUACGUGAAAAUUAACUUUGCAAGACAUUAACAUGACACCGAAAGAACCAAAAACAAAGCGGGGUCGUAGUCGUAGAAAGUAAGGGCUUUCUUUCCCCAGGGACAAAGAGAACUGUCCGUAAUAGCGAGGUAUCCGUAUUUAGCGGGUGUCCUUAGAGCGGCGUUUGACUGUUUUCUGCCUUUCCAGAAUCACAGCCUCUAAAAUGCCCCUGUUAGUCCUUUUGGGACUUUCAACCAAAAAAAGACAUUUUCCCGGGCUACCCUUUUACAUACCUCAACUAGUAAAUUCCCUACCAUUUUAUAUCCCUGAAGCCUGAAAAAGGUACCCCUUAUAAAGGCCAUUAAGGACCUUACGAUCCGACAACGGCGACGUCCAUGAAAACGUCGCUGAAAAAUAGACUUCGCAUCCUUUCACUUUUUUUGCGAUUUUUCCAAGGGGCCGAGUUACUUAAAAGAAGGGAAUUUAGUUUGGAGCUGAAGAGAAGGGACCACGCCCUAGUUCUGACAGAGAUAAUAGAAUUCAUCGCCUUGCCGUUCCCGUUCCCAAGUUAACUUAAAAUUUGGUCAUUUCACGUCGUACUUGUGCACGGACCGCUAAGAAAUGUACAAAAAGGUGUGAUGCACGUGCAGAGUUGUUGUUUUGCUCAUUAAACCUAUUGCUGGGGAGUAUCGCUGAGGACGUGACAGCAGCGUUCCCAUAUUGAUUAGCUUUUAUCCCGGAAUGAUUGGCCCUUUUCUCGAAAGUCCCAAUAAUUAAAACCAAGCAAUCAAAGCUGCAGUUGUUGUGUAAAUUCCUGUUUGAUUUUCACUAAUUAAAAUACCCCUCAUUGGGAUUUUUUUGGUUUUCUUUUCUGCAGAUCCUAGAUUCACAACAUUGGCAUUUGGUUAUUUUUCAACUUUGCUGAUCUCUGUUGUUUCCAAGAACGAUGAAGGAAAUAUCAUUUGUAUCGGCCAGGAACGUAACAUAACCAUAAACCUUGGAGGUGGGUUUAGAAAGGAUUACAUAUCAUUUAGUAGUGUAACAGAGAUCUAGGUAACUGUGAAAGACGCUUCUAAGAUAGAGCCCGAUAACUAAGAACAGUGAACGCUCUUCAUAAUAAUAAUAAUAAUAAUAAUAAUAAUAAUAAUAAAUAAUAAUGAUAAAAUGAUUAACCAAUCUUUAUUAAGUAUCAGAACAAUAAGUAAUAUUUACAAUUUUAAACUAUAUCGUAUUGUUUACAAAUUAAAAGCUAAAUAUAUGUCCACGAUAGAAAACUAUUUACAAUUGUGAAUAAUUUAAAAGUGAGAAACGGAAAAUCAAGCAUUACUAAGAAAAAAACUAUCAAAAAUAUAGGCCUAAAAUUAUGAGUGCAGAUGUAGACCAGCUACAGCGAAAGUGAAGUCUUCUGAGACCUCACGUGAUUUGAAUGGAUAUCUAGAACCUCUGAUGCAUCUGUGCAAAUGAGAUCUGUAUUCGAAGCCAGGAAAAAACGCUGGUGUAGGGUUUAUUGUCCUUAGUCGAAAGCUUAUUUGCGAGAGUUCUUAAAAAGUUCUGACAGUCGAGUCCCAUGCCCUCGUUAGUACCAAACACCAGCAAAAAAAACAAUAAAAUGAUAAUAAUAAUAAUAAUAAUAAUAAUAAUAAUAAAUAAGAUAACAAUGAUAAUAAUAAUAUUUAUAUAGCGCCUAUACUUUUCAGUGCUAAGCGCUUCGCAGUAUAAGAGCGGAUAGCGUGUUCUGGUUAUAUAUCUUGGCCUACUACUAGUAACUACUUUAAAAAGUGCAGUAUUGUGUUCUCCAAAAAGAAAAACUCAUGACAAGGAGGCUCAGAGACAGAUUAAAGCCAGCGGCAUAUCCAUUCUAUGCUGUCGACGCAAAUUGUUGAGCUGCGCUUUGACGCCCUCGGCUUGACACUCUCAUCGGUUCGCUCAUUCAUCAAAUGAAAGUUUGAGAACAUGAAUUCGAGGAGAGUGAACAGUCUUUGAAGGGCAAUAAAAACUACCACAUCACCAUCGUCAGAAAGGAAUCAAAAAGUUCUUUUUUCGUGCUUCUGCUGUAGAUGUAGCCUCCACCCAGGUGUUUUAUGGGAGUCGUAUUUCCUACUGUAGAUGCUGUUCUUUGGUGCUAUUUCAGUAAUGUUCAUGACAGCCUGCACCACUGAGUAGCUACCUACAAUCUUGGACAAAAUAAAUGGAAAACCUAGACCCCUCCUCCCCCCCAAAUCAAGGAUGGGAAAAUGGCGCGUUUUUGCCUUUCGCGCGGCGUCAUCCUUGAUUUUGGGGGGGGGGGAUGGGGGUUUGCUGUUCCAUUUUAUUUUGUCCAAGAUUGUAGCUUUCAGUCAAAGAAUCUAGGUUCAACUUUUAAGAUAAUAUGCCACCUUAAUCAUGCUAUCCUAAUAACAAUCCAACCUUUUUCAGUUGUAGUUUGUUCAGACACUAGAGAUACACAAUCUUGUUCAAAUCAAGUUCAAAACAGGCCUGAAUCCUGCAAUGAUGACUUCAUGAUUAGAAAUUGCAAAAAGUCUUGCGGACUUUGUCCAGGUAAGAAAGUGGGGUAAAUUAUCAACUCCAGUUAAUUUAAUUUCCUUGUUCAAAACUAUAUCAAAUGGGACUGGCUAUCAACCGACAUUUCCCCAGUUUUCCAACAAAAAAUACACUUUAGACAUGUUAGAAAAGCAACUGAAGAGGAAUGGAGAUUGUAGUCCCCACAUCUGCCUCGGUUUCUUCCUUGUGUAAAAGCGAUUACAAUAGGUGGACUUUCAAAAUAAACGCCUCGCGGCGAUUUGGGGAUCAGUUUCCUUACCUGGGAGAUCUUUACCAGCAGUGCACGACUACGACGUGAAACGUUAGAGUGGAGAAAAGCGGGCAAGCGGAAAUACGUCUGCAUACAGAUUGCAUACAGAGGUCUAUCGGAGUUUAGUAAAAUCCAACUAGUGGUCUAUUAUCAAUGCUGCGUUCUGAUUGGUUGAGCUACUACUAGGCUAUAUGUUAUAGCCUACUAGUAGCGAAAAGAAUGAAAUUAAAAAAGGUAAAGUUUUUCACUGCUGUUAUCUUGUUAUCUCUGUUAUCUAUGUUAUCUUGCAAUGGAUGUCCGUCUGUCCGACCGUCCUCUUGCCAAAAUUUCGAAAUGGUCCCACUUCAUAUUAUGACCAGUUGACGUGACUUGGUAGGCAACAGCAGAUGAGGGAUUGCUACUCGUAAUGGAUUUAAAGUGCUCCGUUGUCGUUUUCCUGUCAUGCCAUCUUCUUUUGUAUGCAAAUGUUUCUACUAAAUGUUAUCUUUUGUUUCUUUAAUUACUUACUUAUUCUACAUUUAACUUAUGUUGUUAUCCAACGGUUUAUUACUUCUGAAGAUGUAUGCUGGAAUAUACGAAACGUCACGUUUAAGUCUUUUUUUCUUUCCAGAAAUGCGUUUAAAUUUCCUUAUGUUUAUCCCUGCAGCUUGCUUUUUGUUUCUUCUUAUAGUCUGCCUUGGUCGUAACGUAAAAAUCCCGGGUAAAAAUAUUAUAUAUAUAUUUUUACAAGAACUGAGCGAAUCCUCGUGCGCUGAUAGCUCGAGAGCUAUGGUCUAUUGGAGUUUAGUAAAAUCCAACUAGUGGUCUAUUAUCAAUGCUGCGUUCUGAUUGGUUGAGCUUCUACUAGGCUAUAUGUUAUAGCCUACUAGUAGCGAAAAGCGCGGGCUUUUAAAAAGGGAUUAAAGUCUAGCUUUAACUAGCUAAACUUUUUUAUUCUCGAUAUUUUUGACCAACUAGUUGGAUUUUACUAAAACAAUUAUUCCUCUCGCCCUCAUGGCCUCUGAAUCAAUAGCCCAUUCGGCCUUCGGCCUCAUGGCUAUUGACUCAGAGCCCAUUCGGGCUCGAGGAAUAAUAAUUGUUGAAUAGCCUAUGGAAAUGACGUAACAUGUCACGCAGUGCCGGUUGUUUUGUUUUUGGUUUUCGUAAAAAAUAAAUGUUAUUCCAAAAAAACAAAUCGACCACAAUUCUCCAUGGUCUACAAAACAAAUGAUUCCAUGUUGCCGUGGGUCUGUUCAGAAAUAGAUCACAGAGGACGUCAAAAUGUGGUCGAUUUGUUAAAUAUUCUUCAAACCUGGCUUGAAUGUACUUUUUUUUACAACUACAGAAUGCUUGGAAACAGUUCUACCAACUCUACCGUCUCCAACAGGUGCGUCAGGUUCGUUUAACAAAUACGCCUGAACACAAGUAAAAUUUAACUAUUUAUUUAUUCAUUUACUUAUUUUUACCGUACCGAAAAUACAGAUGUAAAAAAACUACGGCAGUUGUUCCUACACUAGCUCUUUGUCACAACUUGUGGGACGGACCGGCUAACUUGUGACUGUUGGCAAAAACUGCGCCUGUUGCUGGGAUUUUCGUACCCGAUGACGAUCUUGGAGUAUUUUUCGAAGUUACACUUUUAAAAAACACUUUCAAGCCAUUGCUUACUUGGAAAUAUGCCGAAUAUCAGCUUGGGUGGUCUGGGGCACUUUUAAUGUAUUCGACAGACUCCAUUAGGUCUAGGAAAAAUAAAGUCACCAAAGGUCGAGCCAAAUUCAGUGCUGCACCUGACUCCUCUAUACCUGGUCAUACUUGACAUAGCUUGUUUAUUUUCUCACUGUAAUUCUCGAAGGCCACACUUUUCGAUUUCUUGAUUUCGUGCUUUGAUCAGAAGGUAUCGAAAAGUCAGUCGUUUAAAGUAUUAUGAAUUAAACUUCCUCCAUUUAAUGGUAGCGUUAAGACAUUUCACUACUGUCUUUUAAAAUAUUACUAUUUUUUUAAUUUUUUUAAACAGUAGUAUGUUUUUGUGUUUUUCUUCUUCUUAGGUAGUAAACAAACCAAUAUAAUCUCCCGUACUUAUAUUUCUACGAAACCUACAAGCGGAUCAGUUUCCGAAUCUUUGACACCAGGCGUCAACUCUGGAACAAGUACUUCUACAAGGCCUACAACAGGAUCGGUUGCCGAAUCGUCCGGUGCGUCUUUGAGUUCUGGAUUUCAAACCCUCUUCGCCUUGUUUUUUGGUCUUUUUUCCAGUAGCCCUAUUCUUUCAAAACUUAAAUAA